AUGGCCGAUGUUAUUGAUGAUGUUAUGGGAGGUGUGAUUGAAAAUGAUACCAACUGCAACGAAGGGAACCUAGAUACAGACGGUAGAGGUGUUGAUGUUGGAUUUCAAAAGCUGUUAGAGGAAGUCCAAUUCAAAUUAUAUCCUGGAUGUUCGUUUUCGUCCCUUGACUUUUUAGCAAAGCUGAUGCAUAUCAAGGUGAUCAACAAAUGGACUGAUAGUUCAUUCGAUCAGCUUCUUGAGUUGUUGCAAACUGCAUUUCCUGAAGGAAAUAAGGUCCCCCCGUCACAUUACGAAGCAAAAAAGACACUUAAAAAGAUCGGCUUAGGUUAUGAGUCAAUACACGUAUGUAAAAAUGACUACUUUCUUUUCUGGAAAGAACACGAGUUGUUGCAAAAAUGUCCAGUUUGUAAUGAGAGUCGGUGGGUUGAUGAAAAUACAAAGGGUAAGAAGGUGGCUCAUAAGGUUUUACGAUACUUUCCUGUGACCCCCAGACUACAACGUUUGUACUGUUCAAGACACACAACUAAAGAUAUGAUUUGGCAUAGUACCGGACAAUCCAAAGAUGGUACGAUGAUUCAUCCCGUUGAUGGUACUUCAUGGAAAAAAUUUGAUAUGAAGUAUCCUGACUUCUCGAGGGAACCCCGAAACGUACACUUAGGGAUUGCUGCUGAUGGUUUUAAUCCGUUUGGUAACAUGUGUAAUCCUCACAACAUGUGGCCUGUCAUACUCACCACUUACAAUCUUCCACCAUGGCUAUGCAUGAAAGAGUCAUCUUUCAUGUUGACCUUGUUGAUUCCCGACCUUAAAGCACUCGGGAAGGACUUGGAUGUGUUCCUUUGGCCGUUGGUGGAUGAGUUGAAGCAGUUAUGGAGUUUUGGAGUACGUACUAAAGAUGCAGCGACAAAUACAUUCUUCAAUUUGAAAGCGAUGUUGUUAUGGACAAUAAACGACUUUCCCGGUCGUAGUAGUUUAUCCGGUUGGAGCGGACAACGGUACAAAGCUUGUCCGACUUGCAACGAAGACACCCCGUCAUACCGAGUAUCAAAUAAAGUCAUAUAUAUUGGUCAUUGCCGGUUCUUAGAUGCUGACCAUCCAUGGAGAAAAAGUUUGGACUAUAAUGGCAAACAUGAGACAAGAGGUCCUCCAAGAAAGUUUAGUGAGGAAGAAAUACAAGCGCAACACGCUCGUCUAUUGUUUCGUCCACCGGGUAAAGUAGCUGCUCAACGAGCUGAUAUUAAGAGAGAUCGUGAGGAUUUCGAGUUGAAUUGGUCCAAAAAGAGCAUAUUCUUUGAACUUGAGUAUUGGUCUUCUCUAGAGCUGAAGCACAACUUCGAUCUUAUGCAUGUUGAAAAAAAUGUGGGUGAGAGUCUUGUGGGUAGUUCUCUGAUGAAUGAUAAGUCUAAAGACACAUCAAAUGAUCGGGCGGACUUGACAAAACUGAACAUUCGGAAAAAUCUAUGGUUGAAAAAGAAUGGAAACAAGUUCCAUAAACCCCAUCCACCUUACUCGUUCACGAAACCUGACCGCAUUCGUUUUUGUAAGUUUAUAAGAAAUGUGAAACUGCCAGAUGGGUUUGGAUCUAACAUCGGUAAGAAAGUGAAUGAAACCAAUACUAACAUUAUUGGGUUGAAAUCUCAUGAUUAUCACAUUCUUAUGCAACGUUUGUUACCCAUUGGAGUUAAAGCUCUUUUGGGGAAAGGUGUUUAUACACCAAUAAUAGAGCUUUUUUUGCAUUUACCUGAUGAAGCAAUUUCUGGAGGCCCAGUAUGUAUGAGAUGGAUGUAUCCCUUUGAAAGGUAUAUGAAAAAACUAAAAAACUAUGUCAGAAACAAGGCGAGGCCGGAAGGUUCUAUAGUUGAGGGUUAUGUCGCUGAAGAGGCAUUAUCAUUUUGUUCGAUGUACCUUGAAGAUGUUGAGACUCGAUUCAAUCGCCUUGAAAGAAACGAGGAUGUUAUCAUAGAAGAAACAAAGUUAUGGGUGUUUCAGUCUAAGUGUAGACCAACUAGCGGAAGGAAAAUGAAAAAUCUCAGUCUAGAGGAGAGAAAACGUCUACAUUGGUUUGUGCUUGAUAAUUGUGAGGAAGUCAGAAAGUAUAUUGCUGAAUUCAAAUCAUUACAUCCUGAAAGUGAUGAAAAAAUCGAAUUUCCUAAAUGGUUCCUUCAUAAGGUCUAUGAUAUGCAAAAACAAAAAUCUCCAGAGUUUAAUAAGGAGUUAUCGGAUCUUUCAAUCGGUGUGCAUGCGCAUGCCUUUACUUACACCGCUAGCAUAGUGAAUGGUGUUAGGUAUAUGAUACUUAUGCGUGACGCUCAACGAUCAACACAAAACUCGGGGGUUCUAACUGAGGGAGAGCAUAAGCAGAAAUAUUAUGGUCAGCUAGAAGAGAUUAUUGAGUUGCAUUAUCCUCAUAAAUAUUCCACCGUACUUUUUCGUUGCAAGUGGUUCGAUACUGCAGGAGUUAAAUCUGAUAAUAAUUUCACCAGUAUCGACCCACAACGCGAAUUGAGCAGUGAAGAUCAACUCAUAUUUGCUACGCAAGCCAAGCAAGUAUUUUACAUCCAAGAACCUUCUCCAAGUGAUGAAAAUGACACCCAACGGUGGGUUGUUGAAAAUGUUAAUCAUAGAAGAAUUUGGGAUCUACCGAUGAAUGAUGUUGAUCAUGAUCCCAUUGAAAAUGUCGACAAUGAUUCAACCGAUUUCGUUCUUAGUAAUGCUUCUUCUAAUUUCACUCUCUCAAUUGACUUUAGCAAGUACUUUCAAAAUUCUCAAUCAAUUGAAGAUGAUAUUGAAGUUGACCCACCGACGAGUAUCAUCAAUAAUGUGUCUGAUUGCGAGACUGAUUAUGAUGAGGAAGAUUCUGAUUAUGAUAGUGAUGUAUCGGCAGACACUGAAGUGUCUGGGGGCGAGAAUGAUUAA